CCGUGCCCUCCACGCGCGGUUGACCCCCAAAGGCCACCAGUAAACGAACUCCCCAGCACCCCUCCUCGCUGGUCGCCGCCGCCGCCUCCCUCUGGUAAAUCCCCACCAUCCCUCCUCGCGCCGCCUCGGACCCCCUCCGCAGCUCCCCACUCUGCGCUCCCGGCGCGCCACUCACCGGCGACUCGCGCCCGGAACCCUAGGCAGGCAACGGCGAUCGCCGGCGAGCAGGCCAUGGACGGCGGCGCGGCGGAGCUGCGCGAGACCCACCGCCUGACGGGCCACGCCGACCGCGCGUGGUCGCUCGCCUGGAACCCCAACCCGGGCCCCGGCGCCGGCCCCGUCCUCGCCUCCUGCGGCGGCGACAAGACCGUGCGCAUCUGGAAGCGCGCCCCCGACGGCGUCUGGGAUUGCUCGGAUGUGCUCGACGGCGUGCACGAACGCACGGUGCGGUCCUGCGCCUGGUCCCCCGACGGCAAGCUGCUGGCGACCGCGAGUUUCGAUGGCACCACCGCGAUUUGGGAGUACUCCGGCGGGGACUUCGAGUGCGUCGCCACAUUGGAGGGGCAUGAUAAUGAGGUGAAGAGCGUGUCGUGGAGCCAGUCCGGCUCGCUGCUCGCGACGUGCAGCCGGGACAAGGCUGUGUGGAUAUGGGAGGUGCAGCCAGGGAACGAGCACGAGUGUGUGGCGGUCCUGCAGGGUCACACUCAGGACGUGAAGAUGGUCCAGUGGCACCCAGUUCUUAGUGUUCUGGUUUCUGUCAGCUAUGACAAUACUAUCAGGGUCUGGGCUGAUGACGGCGAUGAUGACUGGCAUUGCGUACAGACAUUAGCUGAAGCUGGUAACGGUGGUCAUUCCUCAACAGUAUGGUCGGUAUCUUUUAACCAGAAAGGAGAUAGGAUGGUCACAUGCAGUGAUGACUGUACUUUGAAGAUUUGGGAUACGAGUGCUGAUUUGUCGCAGCCAACAACUGGAGAAGGUCAUGAAUCUUGGUUUCAUCUUUCUACUUUAUCUGGACAUCAUGGUCGAACUAUUUUUUCAGCCCAUUGGUCAAGCGAAGAUGUUAUUGCCAGUGGGGCAGGUGAUGAUGCUAUCUGCUUAUAUGCCGAGGAGAAGAGUACUAUGGUUGAGGGGCCUUCGUACAGAUUAAUAUUGAAGAAAGAGAAAGCGCAUGACAUGGAUGUAAAUUGUGUCAGAUGGUGUCCUCAGGACCCGAGGGUGUUGGCUUCCGCGAGCGAUGAUGGCACAGUGAAAUUGUGGGAGCUGUGGGGAAAUUUACUGGAUUGAAUUGCACUCUUUCUUGUGCAAUGUGAUGAUAGUUCUAGCUGUGUACCUUAAGAUCACAGAUGAGUGUAGGGGUGGCCAUUUGGUUUCUGUUUUCCAAACAAUGCUCCCUUAGGUUAGCUAAUACUUUUUGUACCUGCAAGAGCUUGGAUGGUGGUGAUCUUUUAACAGAUUUGCCAUCCAAGCUACGAGCUCUGGCAUCGAUGUGGAAUUGUUGGUGUAUACAAUAUGAACCGAUAGACGUGCUAUCAUUUUUUCAAAAUGAGCUAUCAAACAUCAAAUUAAGUUCCUGUA